CAAAUUCCGAGGAUCUCAACCAAGUCACGAUGUAUCUUCGUCAACUGUCGCUACGUAGUUGUCCUUGGCGGCUGCGAUCCUGGGUCUUGGUUCCAUUGCUACUCAGUUCAGCACAAUCAUCCAUCAAACAGACCCAGUUCAUUCUCUGGACUUUCGGCACCUAGGAAGCUGGUGGCGUCGACAGCCCCAUAUUCCGUGGUAUCAAAUUAUCAAGCCACCUCCUGUCGGGCCUGUCAUCAUUGCCGACCUCUCGAACGGGAUAUGUGGCGAAAAAAGGGUCCAUCUCCGUCGUUUGCCACUGACAGACUCUACCGGCACGCAGCAGGGUCUGUUCUGCUAGCAGUUGUUUAUCCAGGCGAACAUCUAUUGAUGAUCACCAGCGAUAAUUUUGACCCCGUCCUAUGUGAGAGCUGGGCCGAUAUUCCUCUCCAUCCUCUCUAUUUCGCUAUAGCAGUGCUUCCGGUCAUCGAGCGGCUUACGCUCUUAUUACGGGCAAUGGCGAACCGUGCCUGUGUCUAUUUCUAUGCGCAUGAUUCACAUGUUUCCUCAAAGGACGUUUACCCGGCAGUUUUUGCGCAAAGGGCCGACAAGUGCUUACAGAUGCUAGCCCGUAUGAUUGAUUCUAAAACCCCAAAUGGCUUCAAGUGUGCCUUCCCGGGACGCAAAUCGUCCGGAAUAUGGCGACUAGAAUACGCACCAAAAGGAUUCGGUGGCGUGCACAGUGGGAGACACCUUUACAAUAUGACCGGCGGUAACGUGAACGAACCAACAGAUAUGGAACAAGAAUUAUCAGAAUGCACCGUCCUCCUUCGACUGCCGAAUAAAGAAGAUGGCAUGCCUGAUGUCAUCUUGUAUGUCCGGGAUCAAGAAUCGGCUAUUCUUGAAGAUUUAGAUAACCUACCAUGGUCAUUCCUGUCAUGGUCGAUUCAUCGAGGGCUCCGUGAUAUCCUCACUGCUUAUUCAAAAGUCAGGAUCGAUAGCUAUCGGAAUUGUUUAGCAAACACCCAACGUCUCGCGGUAUUGAAUAGGCCUGAAAAUCUAAUCGCCAGAGGAUGGGACUCGCAGUUUGUCAGAUAUUAUAUGGCGGAUAUGGCAUCAAGCAUUGUUCUUGCAAGACAAGGAAAUGCAGGGGAUGCUGUCCGGAUCGUGACCGACAUCCCGGCAAGCUUGUGCGACGGUGACGCUUUGGCUUCUGAUGAAACGCACUUCUGGAGACCAUCGAUCUCCGAGCCCUACCCUUCAAUAUUGAGCACAAUGACAGUCGUUGCUCUUGACAAAUGCUUUGUAUUAGAUUAG